UGUUUUCGCAGCUCUUGUCUCCAUUUUGUGAGAGCUGGUGAGAACGAGCCGACCGGGCGUCCCAGCGAACAGAACCCACUAAAACAACCAGAACAGGAGAGAAAAGAGACAGUCAGCAGCCGAACCGCCCCAGAACCAAGUUAUUAUCCGAAAGGAAAGCAAAUCUUAUCGUAUGUCCGCUAUCCAGAACCUCCAAACUUUUGACCCCUUUGCUGAUGCAACUAAGGGUGAUGACCGCCUCCCAGCCGGGACUGAGGACUACAUCCACAUAAGAAUCCAGCAGAGGAACGGCAGGAAGACCCUCACCACUGUCCAGGGCAUCUCGGCCGACUAUGACAAGAAGAAGCUAGUCAAGGCCUUCAAGAAGAAGUUCGCCUGCAAUGGGACAGUGAUCGAGCAUCCGGAGUAUGGUGAAGUGAUCCAACUUCAGGGAGAUCAGCGCAAGAAUAUCUGCCAGUUCCUGAUUGAGAUUGAUCUGGCCAAGGAGGAGCAGCUCAAAGUCCACGGCUUCUAGACGCGGCCGGUGGCCCCCCCUCUCUCCUGGACGGCCAUCGCGACCCCUGUAACCCUAACCCCCUCCUAUGUGCUGCUGUUGCUCUUCCUCCCUCUCCUCCCUCCUCUGCGACCCCACCAGCUCCUCUUAGCCAGCGGGCGAAUUACCUCUGAAGAACAUGGGACUCUGUACCUCCACUACCGCCCUGCGACACCAGGGGGCAGUCUUGCUCUCACAAAGACACACCGCUGCAGCUCCACACAUCAGGGAUGAGUGGUGACGACCCUCCCUCACACACUUCCUCCUUCCAUGUCCCUCUGGUUUUUCUUUUAGGUGCCACAAGGAGGCGCUGCUUCAUGUAACGUUUUUGUUUUGUACUUUAAGGUGUUUCAAUAAAACGAUGAGUCUCCAUUUGCUGGGUGGAGUGUUGUCCUGGGGGGUCGGGUCGGAGGCGUCUGAUUGACCGAAAGGUUUUAGUUUGCAGCAAAUGGUUUGGUUGUAGCUAUCCAAGCCAGUUCACUGUGAUGGAGCGGUUCUGGUGCUGACCCGCUUUCCGGUUCGAUUUUAACUAAAUGUGCUUCUGGAUGAGCUUCAUGUCCUAAAAUGCAAUAAUUUAUGCAGAAGUAUUAAAGCCAUGCUGACUGAGAUGGAAGGUUUCAAUAAAGCUUUUACAGCCGA